GCCGUCUUGCUCGGCAUUCGGGUGCAGAACACGCGAAACAGACGGCAAGCGACUCUUCCGGAUUCCAUCAGCGAAGCGAGACGCGGCGCAGAGGAAGGUCUGGCUUCAAAGAAUCAGCCGCGCUGAUUUCAACCCAACACAAUGGUCCCGGCUGUGUGAGGAUCACUUCACGGAUGAUCAAUUUGAGCCGGUGAUUCUGCAGAGCUGUGGCACAAAAAAAUUGAAGCGUCAAGCCGUUCCAUCGCUCUUCGUUCAUCGGAAGCAGCUGAAGCCGAGGAAGCCGCCUGCCAAACGUUCUGGUGUGACAUCUUGCAGCACACAUUUUUCACCAUCACAAGAGAGAAAUGGUGUUGUUGCUGGCUCUGCUGACAGCUUGCCACCGCGCUCAGAGCAAGGCACAGAGGCAUCUUUGGCACCGAGUGGCCUUGAGCUCCUGCUCGCAGCUGUGGACUGCAUUGAUGGCACUGUGCCCUCUUGCGCAACAAAGUCUCCAUUCCAGGAGGACACACAUAAUGUUACCUGCUGCUCGGAUGUAGACUCUACUAGCCCUAUGCUGCAGAGAUCACAGCAGGAUAUACCACCUCCUUUUACAUCUGCUACCCAUGAGCUCCUUCCUGAAUCUACAGCUCAAGUUGACGAAUGCUCAGCAGCCUCCUUGCCCAGCCGUACAUCUACAGUAUGCCCAGCCUUACAACUUCCGCAUACAUCUGCUAGUCCCAAGCUGUUUCCUGGAUUCGCAUCCCAAUUUGACGAAUACUCAGCUGCCUCAUUACCCAGCCACACAUGUGCAAUAUGUCCAGGCCUCCAAACCUCUCCUAUAUCUGCUAGCGACAAGCUUCUGCCUGGAUCUGUAGUCCAAGUUGAUGGGAGCUCAUCAGCCGAGGUCCUUUCGACAACAAACGUGGCUGCUCUGCACAAGAGAAUUGCAGAACUGGAGGAUAAGCUGCAAAGCCACAAACGAAGACUGUCUGUUUGUCAGCGACAGAAAAAUGCUGCAGUACAAGAGAAGAACCUCCUCAAGAGACGGGUUGAUCAGUUUUUAGGAACUGACCAGCUGCAAUGCAUGGAGAGGCCUACGAUGCGUGGCACGCCAUGGUCAACGCCUACUAUAGAGAAGGGGCUGAAGAUCAGGCUCACAUGCGGACGUAGGGGUUACAACAUCGUUCAAGAGAUUGGGACGCCACUGCCAUCGGAACGAACGCUUCAGAGGCACCUGGAAAACUUCAAGUUUUCACCUGGCAUACUUCAUGAAAUCCUACCGUCUCUUUCCAUCAAAGUGGACCUCAUGGAGGACUACGAGCGGCACGCCGUCCUGUUAUUGGAUGAAAUGCAACUUGCAUCGGGGCUCGCCUAUGACCAAGGAACUGGAGGAGUGAUUGGGAAACCAACCAUUCCCUUAUCAGAUGGGACCCUCCCAGAGGAUGCAAUGGCUACACAUGGUCUGGUUUUUAUGCUCGCUGGAGUGACCACCCGCUGGAAACAAACGGUGGCAUAUCAUUUUACAUCAAAUUCCUUUUGCAGUGCUACCGUGAAAGUUGUAGUUAUUGACAUUAUAAAAAAAAUGUGAAG